AUGAAUUACCAAGAAAUCGCAACUACAAUUAGAGGAAGUGAUUUUCCAGAAGAUGAAGAAUUGGCUGGAUGUGAAUGUGAUUUCGAGUGCAAUUCUGAGAAUUGUAGCUGUUUGAUGAAUGGAGAAUCAAAUUAUUCAGAAGAUGCCAAAGUUAUUCGGAAUUCGAAGCCAUUGCUAGAAUGUCAUUCGGAUUGCUCAUGUCAACAAAAUUGUGGGAAUCGGGUUGUUCAGAAAGGCAUCAGGAAAAAACUAGAGGUACUUAUUUUUUAUGGAUUUUUUCUAAAUAAAAUCAAUUAGAUUUUCAGCACAAAUGCCAAAGGUUUUGGUGUGAAAACUUUGGAAAUCAUCGAUGAAAAUGAAUUUGUUUGCGAAUAUGCUGGAGAAUGUAUAAAUGAGAAAGAAGUUGAGAGGCGGAAUGAGGAGAUAAAAUAUGAGGAUAAUUAUACUCUCACAAUAAAAGAGCAUUUUGGUGGGCGAAUUCAAAAAACCUUCAUUGACCCGAGGAAAAAGGGAAAUAUUGGAAGGUUUUUGAAUCAUAGUUGUGAGCCGAAUUGUGAUAUUGUUAUUGUGAGAAUUGGAAGGAUUAUUCCGAUUGUUGGAUUGUUUGCGAGAAGAAAAAUCGAGGCUGAUGAAGAAUUGACUUAUGAUUAUGGCGAAUCUUUGAUAACUGAUGAAUCUCGGAAAAAAUGUGAAUGUCAAUCGGAAAAUUGUCGCAAAUUUUUGCCAAUGUCUAUUUCACCUGUUGAAUAA